GUAUCCGCUGUGAUUUCAGCGGCUGGGCUUCAGUAAGGGCUACUUCUGAGAUGUUACUGGUGGCUGGAUUGCGAGAGAGCGUCUAUUGGGGGCUCCGGGAGGACCAAAGGGAUUAUAGUAACAAACACCAUUAGUCAUUUGAAAGAGAAACUGAACUUCUAAAAAAAAUGUUGGAAACUAUAGACACCAGCCGGGCCCUACAAGCAGCAGAGCGAUUGCAGGCUAAACUGCGGGAACGCGGUGAUAUAGCCAAUGAGGACAAGUUGAGUCUCCUAAAGUCAGUCCUGCAGAGCCCUCUCUUCAGUCAGAUUCUGAACCUUCAGACAUCAGUUCAGCAGCUGAAAGACCAGGUAAAUGUUACACCAUCCGUAUCUUCAACUGGUGAGUUUCCACAUUUUGCAUCUAGUGGGCAUCCUACUUCAUAUAAUGAAUCUUAUUUAUUGGGUCAAAAUAAUGGCGAUUUUGAAUCACAUAUGGGAUCCAGUACUCCUCAAAUCAAUGGGAAACCUUCAGGUGAUGAAUUUGAUCAGCUAAUCAAAAAUAUGGCACAGGGUCGCCCUAUAGAGAUUUUUGAACUUGUUAAGCCUCCAAGUGGUGGCCUAGGGUUUAGUGUUGUGGGACUGAAGAGUGAAAACAGAGGUGAACUGGGAAUAUUUGUGCAAGAGAUUCAAGAUGGAAGUGUGGCACAAAGAGAUGGAAGAUUGAAGGAAGCAGAUCAAAUACUGGCGAUCAAUGGAUAUGCGCUUGAUCAAACAAUAACACACCAACAGGCUAUCAGCAUCCUUCAGAAGGCCAAAGAUGAUGUUCAGCUCAUUGUUGCCAGAGGCUCCUUGCCUCCACUCAUGAGCCCUAUAGUUUCUCGUUCUCCAUCUGCUGCUAGCACAGUUUCAGCUCACUCCAAUCCAGUAGUUCAGUGGCAACAUGUGGAGACUAUUGAAUUGCUUAAUGAUGGAUCAGGCCUAGGAUUUGGUAUAGUAGGAGGAAAAUCAACUGGAGUAAUAGUAAAAACCAUUUUGCCUGGAGGAGUGGCUGAUCAGCAUGGGCGAUUAUGUAGCGGAGACCAUAUCCUGAAAAUUGGGGAGACAGACUUGGCUGGUAUGAGCAGUGAGCAAGUAGCACAAGUACUCAGGCAGUGUGGGAAUCGAGUCAAGUUGGUGAUUGCAAGAGGCGUCAUAGAAGAACCCAUGGUAACAACUUCUUCAGGCAUCACGUUAUCCUCUUCAACGUCUUCCAUGUCGGAAAAGCAGGUGGAAAUGUCCAUGAAGAAAAAUGGAGAGAUUGAAACAUUUGAUGUAGAGCUCACCAAAAAUAUCCAAGGAUUAGGAAUAACUAUUGCUGGUUACAUUGGAGAUAAAAAAUCAGAAUCUUCAGGUAUAUUUGUAAAGAGCAUUACAAAAAGCAGUGCUGUUGAACAUGAUGGAAGGAUCCGUGUUGGUGACCAAAUUAUAGCAGUGGAUGGCACGGAUCUGCAGGGCUUUACAAACCAGCAAGCGGUAGAGCUUUUACGAAAUACGGGACAAACUGUGCGACUGACAUUGAUGAGAAAAAUCACUAAAUCAGAAACCCAGUCCAGGUCUGAUGAGGACUUAGACGCUUCUGUUACAAAGGACAUAGUUUUGUCUGCUCCAGGUGUUAAUAUAAGUAAAGAAAACUGUGACAAGGAUGAUGUUUCCCCAACAGUGGAGAUAAAUACCAACAUGUUGCAAAUUGGAGAAACUGAAAAGCAUCCAGAACCAAACCAUCAGCUACCAGAAGAAAUAGAAGUUGAUGAAAGACAGUUUCAAGAAGCAAAAUUGCGGAAUAAGUGGCAAAGGAUUAUGGGCCUUAAUUAUGAAAUAGUGGUUGCCCACAUGAACAAGUUCAGUGAGAGCAGUGGGUUGGGAAUAAGCUUGGAAGCAACUGUGGGACAUCAUUUCAUCAGAUCUGUUCUACCCGAAGGACCUGUUGGACACAGUGGGAAGUUUUUCAGUGGAGAUGAACUCCUGGAAGUGAAUGGAAUAACUUUACUUGGUGAAAAUCACAAAGAUGUGGUGAAUAUUUUAAAAGAGCUUCCAAUUCAAGUGACAAUGGUUUGCUGUCGUCCCCUUGUCUUACCUGUUAACCAGGAUGAGUUAGAGAGGUUGAAUGUCUCUGAUACCCAUUUAACAGAAAAGCCUCAUGUAGACCUCGGUGAAUUCAUUGGCUCAUCAGAGACAGAGGAUACUGCUUUUGACAUGACUGAUGUGGGUCAGAAUACAGAAGAGGUGCAAGGAUCAUCAUUGGCAAUGUGGGAAAUCAACAUUCAGCAUAUUGAGCUGGAAAAGGGGAGCGUAGGACUUGGUUUUAGCAUAUUAGACUAUCAGGAUCCAGUUGACCCUGCUCGCACAGUCAUUGUAAUUCGUUCAUUAGUGCCUGGUGGUGUCGCUGAACAGGAUGGAAGACUUCUUCCUGGGGACCGGCUUAUGUUCGUCAAUGAUGUUAACUUGGAAAAUGGCAGUCUGGAAGAAGCUGUGCAAGCCCUCAAAGGAGCACCAUCAGGAACCGUGAGAAUUGGAGUUACUAAACCUCUCCCUCUUUCACCAGAAGAAGGUUAUGUUUCUGCUAAGGAAGAUCCCUUUUUCUACACAGCAUACUCAUUUGAGGAGGAAGGGCCGACUGAUGUAGCCCUCUUCCAUGCUGAGGUAGCUCUGGUGGACGCAAAUGAGGCAGACUUAGCAGAUGAAUCCACCUUCGAGUCUCAGUACUCUCCUGAGGAUGAGGACACCUUCCAAGCCUCAAUGUUAGCUCUCCAUGGCAGUGCCUGCAGCAGUGGCCUGAACUAUAGCCUCUCUAUUCCAUCAUCUCCUCCUAAGGAUACUGAUGAAAAUUCUUCUGAUCUGCUGCUUGAUUUUCAAAUGUCCAGUGAGGAUCUAUACAGUAAGAAUCUGAUUCAGAGACAAGAUGAAAACAUAUCUUCAGUGGACUUGAGAAUGGAAGCUUCUUCUAGCUUUACCAGCACAGAUCUCCUGCCUGCACCAGCUAUUGAUAACCUUACUGAAUGUGAAAAUGCAGAGAUUUGGACUGAAUCUCAACUAGCCAAUGAAGCAUUUUCCAGUGCAAAACUUUCUUCAUUUAUGCUUCCUGAUUCUAUUGGACAAAAACCAGAACCCAUUACGGCAAAGGACUCCCUGGAUUCCUCUGAUGAAUGUGCUACAUUCCACAAUUUAUCCAAACAGUCAUUUGAGAAGACUAUUAUCAUAGCAAAAGGCAAUUCUAGCCUAGGGAUGACGGUAAGUUCUAACAAAGAUGGCUCAGGAAUGAUAGUUCGAAGUAUCAUCCAUGGUGGAGCCAUCAGUCGAGAUGGCCGGAUUGGUGUAGGGGAUUGUAUCUUAUCCAUUAAUGAAGAAUCUACCACCAAUCUAACUAGCGCCCAGGCAAGAGCCAUGUUAAGGAGGCAUUCUCUCAUUGGACCUGACAUAAAAUCUUCUCCAGCACCUGCUGAUGAUCAGGCCCCCUUUUAUGUGGUUACCUAUGUUCCUGCAGAGCUUUUGGAAGAGUACAGAGCAAAUUUAGGACACCAGACUGAGGAAACAAUGUCACUUGAUAUGUUUUCAUCUUAUACUGCCAGAGAAAUCCCAGAACUCCCAGAACGUGAGGAAGGAGAGGGAGAAGAAAGUGAGCUUCAGAAUGCAGCCUACAGCAGUAACUGGAGUCAGCCAAGGAGGGUUGAGCUGUGGAGAGAACCAAACAAAUCCCUGGGCAUCAGCAUUGUUGGUGGACGUGGGAUGGGAAGUCGGCUAAGCAACGGUGAAGUGAUGAGGGGUAUCUUCAUCAAGCAUGUUCUGGAAGAUAGUCCAGCUGGCAAAAAUGGAACCUUAAAAACGGGAGAUAGAAUAGUAGAGGUGGAUGGAAUGGACCUCAGAGAUGCAAGCCAUGAACAAGCUGUGGAAGCCAUACGGAAAGCAGGCAACCCUGUACUCUUUAUGGUACAGAGCAUUAUAAACAGAACGAGGCCAGAGUCUGUGUCUAGCACCUCAUCAGCAUCUGCUCUCUGUGGGCAGAAACCUACUAACCCAUUUUACCAUCAGUCAUCUCAGGCAUCUAGUCAGUUGGAUUCAGAGACUGAAAAGUCUUCAUUCCCCAGCUUGUCUCUGCCCCCUCCUUCAACAUUUUCUGGAAUGAGCAGUGAUACUGAAGAGUCAUGUUCCAGCAAAGUCUCAGAAGAUGGAGACAAAGAAGACGAGUUUGGUUAUAGCUGGAAAAAUAUCCUUCAGCGCUAUGGAACCCUAGCUGGUGAACUCUUCAUGAUUGAACUAGAAAAAGGCCGAACUGGUUUGGGCCUGAGUCUUGCUGGAAACAAAGAUCGAUCAAGAAUGAGUGUCUUUAUAGUUGGAAUUGACCCAAAUGGUGCAGCUGGGAAAGAUGGUCGACUGCAGAUUGGAGAUGAACUUCUGGAGAUAAAUGGACAAAUUUUAUAUGGAAGAAGUCAUCAGAAUGCCUCAUCAAUAAUUAAAUGUGCCCCAUCAAGAGUAAAAAUCAUUUUUAUCAGAAAUAAAGAUGCAGUGAAUCAAAUGGCUGUUUGUCCUGGUAAAGGACUGGAAGGUUUACCUUCUACUGUAGAGGCUCUUCAGAAUCAGGAGGCUGACUUGAGUACUACCAGUUCUAUUAUAGCAAUAGACUUCAAUUCUUUUAAAAAUGUUCAUCAACUGGAACUUCCCAAGGAUCAAGGGGGUUUGGGCAUUGCUAUCAGUGAAGAAGAUACACUUAAUGGAGUUGUCAUAAAGAGUCUAACUGAUCAUGGAGUAGCAGCAAAGGAUGGACGUAUCAAAGUUGGAGAUCAAAUCUUAGCAGUGGAUGAUGAAGUUGUUGUGGGCUAUCCUGUGGAAAAGUUUAUAAAUCUUUUGAAGACUGCAAAGAACACAGUGAAACUUACUAUUAAUGCGGAGGACCCAGAAGUCCAGCCUGUCCAGUCAACCCUCAGUGUAUCCAUUGGAGAAAAAAAGAACAUCUCACAAGCUCCAGUGAUGCCCCCUUCUGGAUCUCCAGAACCUGAACCUAUCAGAAGCACAAGCAGGUCCUCCACCCCAGCCACUUUCCCUUCUGACCCAGCGACCUGUCCAGUUAUCCCUGGCUGUGAAACAACAAUUGACAUUUCUAAAGGACGCACUGGGCUUGGAUUGAGCAUCGUUGGAGGAGCAGACACUUUGCUGGGCGCCAUUAUUAUCCAUGAAGUUUAUGAGGAAGGAGCUGCCUGUAAAGAUGGAAGACUUUGGGCUGGGGAUCAGAUUUUAGAGGUGAAUGGGAUUGAUCUCAGGAAUGCUACACAUGAUGAAGCUAUUAAUGUACUGAGGCAGACUCCUCAGAAAGUACGCCUCACUAUCUACAGGGAUGAGGCCCAGUAUAAGGAGGAGGACAUGUAUGAUAUGUUCAAUGUAGAACUGCAAAAGAAGCCUGGAAAAGGACUUGGAUUGAGUAUUGUUGGAAAAAGAAAUGAUACUGGAGUAUUUGUGUCAGACAUUGUGAAAGGAGGAAUUGCAGAUAUGGAUGGAAGAUUGAUGCAGGGAGACCAGAUAUUAAUGGUGAAUGGGGAGGAUGUUCGUAAUGCCACUCAGGAAGCUGUUGCAGCAUUACUCAAGUGUUCUGUUCUUCAGUGUUCUCUAGGUACAGUAAGAUUGGAAGUUGGAAGAAUCAAAACAGGUUCAUUCCAUUCAGAGAGGAGGACAUCCCAAAGUAGCCAGAUGAGUGAAGGAAGUCUGUCAUCCUUCACUUUUCCUCUUUCUGGAUCCAGCACAUCAGAGGCAUUUGACAGUGUUUCAAAGAAGAAUGCCUUGGCUUUGGAAAUACAAGGAUUAAGAACAGUUGAAAUAAAAAAGGGACCUGCUGACUCACUGGGAAUCAGCAUUGCUGGAGGUGUAGGCAGUCCACUUGGUGAUGUCCCAAUUUUCAUUGCCAUGAUGCAUCCAAAUGGAGUUGCUGCACAGACCCAGAAACUCAGAGUUGGGGAUAGGAUUGUGAGUAUUUGUGGAACGUCAACUGAGGGUAUGACUCAUUCCCAAGCAGUGAGCUUACUGAAAAAUGCUUCUGGCUCCAUUGAAGUACAGGUGGUUGCUGGAGGAGAUGUUAGUGUGGUCACCAGCCCACAGCAGGAGCCAGCUGGCUCUGGUCUUUCCUUUACAGGCCUGACAUCAAACAGUAUUUUUCAGGAUGAUUUGGGCCCUCCUCAGUAUAAGAGUAUUACCCUUGACCGGGGACCAGAUGGUCUGGGCUUCAGUAUAGUGGGAGGAUACGGCAGCCCUCAUGGAGACUUACCCAUUUAUGUUAAAACAGUAUUUGCAAAGGGAGCUGCAGCUGAAGAUGGGCGCCUGAAAAGGGGUGAUCAGAUAAUUGCUGUCAAUGGUCAGAGCCUGGAAGGAGUGACCCAUGAGGAAGCAGUUGCCAUCCUGAAGAGGACAAAAGGCACUGUCACGCUGACCAUUCUCUCGUGACCUGAGCUGACCUGGUUGGGUCAUCAGAUCACCUUAUUGAAUAUUCCUUCUACUUAGUAAAGAGAAUGGAGUUUUUCUUGUCACUUUUUUCCCACAUCAUCUUUACUUGACUCUUCAGCUGUUUCAGAGGAUAAUGACAUUCAAUGAUAUACUUUUUCUCAUUUUAAAAAUAUUUCAUGCAAUCGAUUCCUGUAGUGUCUUUGUGGACCUAGUACUGAAUAUCCUCACUUGGCCACCAUCCCUCGUUAUGCCCCAUUUUCACUCCUAGUUAUUGUCUUUAAUACCCAAACAGAAAAUAUAUGAGUAACCCCAUCACAUCUUUGCAAAGAUAUGUGAAAUUUUGUAAAGGAUAAAGCAGAAAUACAUGGCAAAAUAGUUGCUAGAGACAGACAUUUUUGGAAAUUUUUGAAGGGGUUAAGUGUUGGUAGAAUUAAAGUAAAAAAGAAAAUGUAGGUUUUUAAAAAAUUGGGUGUGAUCUGGCCAACAUUCCCUCCCCUACUGGAAACACACAAAAAUUGUACUCUGGUGUGCAAAGCUGCAAUGAAUUUUUUUCAGUAAUGCCUUUAGCUUGAGUACUGUGCAGUGUGGACAAGGAUUUCUCAUUGCCCUCUAUCUGUUCCUGCUAUCUGUUCUAUCUGUUUAGUUUUUCUCAACUUAGGUUGGGGGCAGACAAUAUAUAAAACGAUCUCUGAAUGAUUUUGAAGAAAAAAUAUACUUUACGGCUCUUAAGAAUUUUCCUUUUCACUAAUGACCUAUUCUAGGAUAUAUUCCCAUUAUUGUAGGCAUUUGCUUCCAUUACUCUGCAGUGUAUAUUUUUUCUACAGGAAGCAGCCAGGCUAAAAAUGGAGUGGUAUGUAGAAAACCUGAAAUAUUUCAAGUGCUAGUUUUAACUACCAAGGCAACACUAAAAAUGUGUUAAUGAUCUGGGUGAUUGGCUUAACAAUUAGUAUUAAUUUUAAUGUCUGAAAACAACAGUGUGUUAGUAAUUAUUUUGGUGAUAAGCCAUUAGUAAAUUCAUAGAAAAAUUAAGGGGAUUAACAUAACUUCAUUUCAUUACUUCCUAUUAACAUCUUAUAGUACAAUAGCCUCAGACCAAGGAAAACAGAUGGGACUGUUUAUUGAGACAACUGGUGAGGCAUUUUCAUGUGUUCCUUCCCAUUUUAGAGCGUGAAACUCCUACAUUAGAAUAUGUAAAGUCACUUUAAAUAUUAUCUAUAUUUGUAACAGAAGUAGUGUACAGAUAUUUUAUUACUGCAUUCUUGUGCAAAUGCAGAACUGAAGUGAAUAAAUAUGAGGCUGUCUCGCUGGUAUACAAAUAAAGAAACAGAUGUAUGUUUUGUUUUAA